AUGAAGCCGAAGCGGCGUUCUACUUUUUCACCGGCAAGCGCAGAAACGACAGUGAAAUCGCCACGCCCUAAGCGGAAGAGACAGGGUACUCCGUCACCAACUCGUCGGAAGUCCUCUAAUAGCAGUGAAGAGAUCAAACCGCCACCGGAAUUCAUUCCAUUUCCUUAUGAAAAGCAAUGUCCCAAAUUACGGGAACUGCUAGAGAAAAACACGGAAGACAUAACUCUCGAUAGGGAUGAUCUCCUCUGCCUUCAGCAUGAGUUGGAGAAAAUGCUCGCUCACUCCGCUGACUAUCUAAGACGUGCUCAUGGAGAGGUCACGUAUUUGAAUACUGGAGAGUAUCCCGUCCAGGAUUUGAGAACACGGCCAAUGCCUUCCUACAGGCUUCGGGAAUUUGCGCCAGUAUCACCGACAACAACACAAGAGUUGCAGCAGACCUUGUGCGGUCUUCCGGAGGAUGAUACUGAGGAUGAUGUGGACAUUUGGCCUCCGCAUCACAUUCCACAGCGUUUUUGGACAUGGUGCAAGGCCGAUUUCCUUACUCCUGUAGAUGCUGAGUAUUUGAAAAGCUUCAAAGCCCUGCUGUUGGAUAAAUAUAGUCCCGAGGAUCUGAAGUCUUACUAUAUCAAUGAGCCGUGGAAGCAUCGCAAGCGUCAGCCUUGUCGUUCUCGAAUAAGUUCUCUAGAAUUGUCGAGCUCGCGAACUACGCGCCGAUCAAGUACAGAUGUUUGCUUGUCAGAGAGAAAGUGCAAAGAGGAGAGAAGUCAAGCAUACAGUCGGAAAGUCUCGGGGACUCUGAAUGUUCGGCCAACUCGAGGAUCCGACUCAAAGUUGGCGCCAUUGAUCAGUGAUGUGGUCUGUGCGGCAAGUCGUGAAAUGCGCAAAGAAGACUUCACAACGCCGAAUCGUAGGUCUUCUACGAGAUUACACUCACGCGAUGAUUGCGAAGAUGACAGAAAAUUUUCCGUCAAGAAUGAGCCGUGGGAAUCAGCAGUACAUGAUUCUAGCGCUGGUGAGCACCAUGGAGCUCUGCAUGUUAACGGAUUUGCUUCACGAUCCCCACUUAGUUCACGAAUACACUCACCAAGGGUGAAAAAGGAAAUCAGAGAGGAAGACGAUGACUGGGAUCGCCCAGGUCCAAGCAACUCAUUUCCGACAAACAAUCUUUCCAAUGGGCGGUGCAAUGGAGAGCUGAAGACGAGACCGAGGCGAAAUGGGGAGACAAAACGUGAGAAUGGAACGCAUCCCGCCGUUCCUUGCAACUUAAGCUCACCUUCGUCGUCUGCUAUGUCUAGUGUUCCUGAAGAGAUGGACAUUGAGCGGCAUUAUCGCGAAAUUGGAAGCCGCAUCAGCACGUUUAUCCGUGAAAUUGCAACGAAUUCGGUUUCGCGUGAAGUGGUGGUCAGCCAGGAUGGGAAGGAAGAGGAUGAUGAUUCAGAUUUGGAUGAAGUUUCGGAGGAACUGCUUCGAUGCCAAAUGGAGUUGCAAGAACUGGAGCCUAGAUUACGUGGAGUUAUCUCUCAUUGUUGGAGUAAAGUACGGGGAGAGUUCUCGUACUGGGAAACUUCAAAGCAAUUGGACGAUGCUGAUGUCGAUUUGUUUCGACUCGGUGUUAAUAUGUAUCGUGAUCUCCCGACUCGUCGCAUUCCAACAAACACUGAGCUACCUACCUUGCGCGCUGCGCUUCGAAGGCGCAACCGCAAAGCACGCCAACACUACGGCUGCCUCUAUAAGAGACUCCGCAAGUAUCGAAAAUAUAGUAAGUAG